GAACAAUAAUUCACUAGGAAUAGUCGUCGAGGGAAGAGAAAGUGUAAACAUCGACACUCGCUGCAUCUGCACAGGGUCUGUGUCGGAUCUGCUGGGUUUGUAAUCAAAGUGCCAGAGUCAUGUCGGAUGACCCAGGUGUCCACUGGAAGCGAAGCUGAGGGGAAAAAAAGGGACCAAACGAAAGGAAAAGGACACUUUAUGAAAGAUUGUAUGGUGACUGCUGAUCUGCAAUCUGGAAAUUACCCUCCACCAGGUUCUCUUGUAGUGAUGGACUUGUGUGUGCAGGAGGAGACCUUCCAUCACUGCUGUUUGCUCCUCCUGCAGCAGUCAGAGCAGCUGAGAGAUGGCUGGAGCUUGGAGUCAGUCCAGGGUUCACAGGUGGGCUACUUGAAGAAGACUGUUCUCAGGUCCGUUGACAUCAAUUCGAGCUCUGUAUGGGACCAAGUGGGAUCCAGUUCGGACUCAGGAUCCCACACUGUCUCUAAUCAACAGCAACAGGAAAAGUCUGCUUUUGUUGCCACAUAUGAUGCUGACAGCAUCAAAGAAGACAUAGCUGACGAUGAUGGUGGGUUCUGUGCAGUGUCUAAAGACAGCAGAAAGGUGCUUCAGUACGAGUAUCACAUCCUAUACUCCUGCAGCUAUAGUACUCCUGUGCUCUAUUUCAGAGCCUUCACUCUUGAGGGGAGGAGCCUCUCAUUGGAGGAGGUGUGGAGCUCUGUUCAUCCAAACUUUAGAAUUCGACUUCAAAACAGUCCUCUCAAUACAAUUACUCAGCAGGAGCAUCCACUGCUUGGUCAGCCUUUCUUUAUGCUCCAUCCCUGUAAAACAGAAGAGUUCAUGAAGCCUGUGCUACAGCUGGCUCAGGACCAAAACAGGCCAGUGAAUUAUGUGUUGACAUGGCUCAGUGUGGUGGGUCCUCUGGUUGGUCUGGAUGUCCCUCUGAUGUACUUCACCCUGCUCUGACCCAGCCAAGCCUUACUCAGCAACCCCAGGCCAAACUGAUGCUGUAGUUCUUUGCCUCUGUCAGUAAGCAUUGCCAUGGAGUGGACAGUGGCUUCCAUCUAUAGAUGGGCAUUGAAUAAUCAAGGAGACUGACAUUUUUUGACCUUUGUAGUCUAUACAUUAUCAUUUAGCGCAAUUUUCUGUUGCUGCUAUCUAUCCAUAGCCUACCUGAUGUGACUUUGAAAAUCAGUAUAGAAAUUAUAUCUUGGAAUAAAAGCAUCUGUAUAUUUGCCUGUGUUCAAACUAUUUAAAUAAAUUUCAGAUCUGCAUUUUUGAUACAAA